AUGGACAACACAACACCCCCAGCUCUGGAUGAAAUGAAGGAUGUGGAGAAAGAAAAGGAGACGGUAGAAGGAGAGUUGGGGAAUGAAGAACAGGAUGAUGGAUUUCUUGGACUCUUGAAUGACGUCGACCAACAUCUGCCCAUUGGUAACUUCCAGCUGAGUGAGGGGGGCGAGGUGCUGAAGCGUUUCAGUGAGGUGGAGGCUGUGUGUCUGCAGGCCCUCAUGGUUGACCCCCUCCGUCCGUUUGUACCGCAGUACCAUGGGUCGGUCACCAGGGGGGGUAACAGUUACAUCCGCCUGGAGGAUUUACUGAGUGGCCUGAAGAACCCAGUCAUCAUGGACUGCAAGAUGGGCGUGAGGACAUACCAGGAGGAGGAAUUAACCAAAUCACACACCAAGCCCACCCUGCGGACUGAUAUGUACCAGAAGAUGGUAAAAGUAGAUCCGACGGCUCCCACGGUGGAGGAACAUGAGCAGCGAGGCGUGACGAAGUGGCGCUACCUGCAGUGGAGGGAUAACACCAGCUCCACCUCCACACUAGGCUUCAGGAUUGAGGGCAUCAUGAUGGAGAAUGGUAGCGUAAAGCGGGACUUUAAGAAGAUGCUCACCCCAGCCCAGGUCACUGAGGCACUCCUCUCCUUCACCAAGAGUCAUCUACACAUCCUGAAGGCCUACCAUUCCAGACUUCAGGCUCUGGAUGAAGCCCUGAAGGAAUCCCCAUUUUUCAAAUCCCACGAGGUGAUUGGCAGCUCGCUCCUCUUCGUCCACGACUGGACCAGUAAGGCCAGCAUCUGGAUGAUAGACUUUGGGAAAACCAUCCCGUCGCCCAGCAGUGUGCAGCUGAGGCACAACGUCCCGUGGGCCGAGGGGAAUCGGGAGGACGGGUACCUGAUCGGGCUGGCCGCCCUCACCUCCUUCGUGGAUCAGGCUAUCAGCCAGGCAGCCUGCAUACAGGAGGAGAACCAUGGAGAGGAGACGGACAGUGUCACACACACCCUGCAGGAACAGGAACACACACAGACUAAAAGUCAGGGCGAGGUAGCACAGAAUGAAGGUACUUCUGAUGGAACAAGAGAGGCCACAUCAGGUCAAUACUCACAGGAAUGUGUUCUCUAAUUUACAUGGAUUAUGUUUGUGGAUGAUUUGAGGCAUUGCAAUAUACACUAUUAAUGGAUAGAAUUCUCUUAACUGUUUAGACAUAAUAUAGGGUGA